CAUACGAAGCUGUGUCCACAGUUUCUUAUCCACCUGGACCUUGAAACUCUGCCUUCUAUACAACUUAUACAACGGCUACAAAACCAAAAUAAGGCAUCAGUGGCGUGUAACUCGAGCUAGGCGGCUCCCUUUGUUAGUAUAGAACGAAGGUAACGUAGCGGGACCACCCCAACACUUCCACCAUGCCACGUAUCAAGCAAAAAACCAAAGCAGAGAACCUUACCCGUGUCCGCAACAACCAGCGUCGCUGCAGACAGCGAAAACGCGAUUACGUAGCGGAACUGGAGCGGAGACUGGCAUCUAUCGAGGGUACUACUUCUCGAGAGAUCCUGAGAUUGCAGUCUAUUGCGGAUGAGCUUCGCCAAGCGAACGAGAGGUUGACAGCGUUGCUCUAUCCCGGGGCUGCCGACUACAAUUUGAUCAGACCUAGCAGUCCGACGGAGAGGGAGAACGAUGUCUUAAAAGAUAUGAGCAGUGAUCUCGACCUACAUAAUAGUAGAUCCCUCUUUGGGCCCAUCGAGAGCACAGCUCCAGAAGACAUGCCCCCCCAACUCGACCUUCAUCCACCACUAUCUGCAUCUCCUGAUAAAUUUACAGAUCUCAUCCAGGAAACCAGCUGCCUCCCAAACUUUCCUGAAAUCGAGCCUGAUCCUGGAUCCCUACUUCUACCUGAGCGGGAUGUAACAGACACAACCUUAAGCACAGAGGUAUCGAAAUACGAGUACCGAAAUACAACCGUAUGCGCUGUGGCCCUGGAGCUAGUUAUGAAUUGCAAUACGAAAAACCUAAGCAUUUUGGAGCUUGAUAUGCGGCUUCGAUGCGGGUAUAGGAGCGCGCGGUUUCAAUGGGAAGGCUGCAGGGUCGAUAAUCGGGUUUUGUUCGCUGUGCUUGCUGAGAUUACGGGAUGAUAGUUUAUUUAAUCAAACGAUCAAUCAAGUAUUUAUUGAGACGGUGAGCAGGGCGCCGGAAACGGCACCUAUUGCAACAUUAUCCUGGCCCCGCCCGUUUUGACCGCCCCAGUCACCUGCCAUCCAUCUAUAAAAGGACCACUGCUCCUCCCCUCGACACAC